AUGCGGUUCUGCCUUCUUCUCGCUCUGGCUCUCGUCUCAUUCGUGGUGGUUACUCAGGCUGAUGAUGGCCUCACCUCGACGUCGAGGAGUGUGAUGAAAAUGUUUGGCGAAGUGAAGUACUUCUUCGAACGUGAUCCGUUGGGUCAGAAAGUGGUUGACCUCUUAAAGGAACUGGAAGAAGUGUUCCAGUUGUUGAGGAAGAAGCUACGCAUGGCACUCAGGUCCCACCUCAGAGGGUUGAUUGCUGAAGGUGAAUAG